UGUGAGUGCGAGAGCUAGAGAAAGCAGUCACAUGCAGAGAGGAGCUGGAAUGAGAGACAGAGCAGAAGAGAGCUGUCAAGCUGUAAGGAGGCAGUGGAGAGACGACUUUUGUUUUCUUUUUUACCCCUUGGAAUACAUUCUCUUCACAUCUCCUGACACCCACCGACACACUCACAAUUCAAAGACGCAAACCUCACAGAUGGUGCUGCUCUACUGCUUUCAAGGAGCGCUAAAUUAUUUUCAGGAUCUGGACUCUCGCCCUGCACACUUGGACUGGUUUAAUUUAGCAUCUUCGUGACUUGGACUCCCAUUCCUUUUGGAUUUGUUUUUAUAUAUAUUUAUUUCUACAGUGCACCACUUUGCACUACACGAGUGUGCUGCAGCGUGUGCACCUGAACACACCAUCAAGACAGUGUGGCUACUUGUAAGUUGCUGGAAUUUGUCAAAUCUUGACUCAAGACUCAGUGGGUGUCGGUGUGUUAAAAAGAAGAAGAAGGAGGAUGUGUGGGCCAGUGACAGUUGUGCUUCUAAUCCACCUCGGAGCCACCUUAGGAGGGGCCUGGAAAGCAUCUCAGCCAAGACUGCAGUUCACACACACUGAACUGAUCCAGAAUGGUCGCUUGCUAACCCUGCCCCUGGUGGCGGGAGACCUACACUCCCUUCUGCCCGAUGAUGACGGCAUGCGCCUGUAUGUGGCCAUGAAAGAUAAUUUGCUUUCUACCAGCAUGGAUGACAUCACGCAGAACCCCCGCAAGUUGCAUUGGCCUUCCAGUCGAGACCGAGUCCAAGAAUGCCUCAUGGCUGGAAAAGACCCAGAGACUGAGUGCGCUAACUUCCUGCGAGUCCUGCAACCUUUUAACCAGACUCACCUGUACGUGUGCGGUACUGGAGCUUUCAACCCCAGGUGUGCUUUCAUUGCCACCAACGUUUUCCAACAGUUAGGACACCAGACCCUGUCCUAUAGCCAGACAGAAUGUGGAAAGGGCAAAUGUCCCUACGAUCCCUUUCAGAAAACAGCAUCUGCAGUUGUGGAUGGAGAGCUCUAUGCUGGCAUUACCUCAGACUUCAUGAGCAGGGACUCUGCCUUCUUCCGUAGCCUUGGCAACCGUCAUGUCAUCCGCACAGAGCAGUACGACUCCACCUGGAUGCAGGAUGCCCAGUUUGUGCGGGUCGCGCCGCUGUCUGAAACAGAUAACCCAGAAGACGAUAAGGUCUACGUGUUUUUCACCGAGCGUGCUCAGGAGGCCGAGGGGACUGCUGGGAAGGUGCUCUACUCCAGAGUGGCCCGAGUGUGCAAGAAUGACAUUGGAGGCCAGAGGAGUCUGGUGAACAAGUGGAGCACUUUCCAAAAGGCUCGUCUGUUGUGCUCAGUCCCUGGACCAGAUGGCCUUCAGACACACUUUGACCAACUGCAGGACGUCUUCAUUCUGCAUGGCAAAGACAAGAAGAACCCUCUCAUCUACGGCCUGUUCACCACGUCCAGCGAUAUACUCAAUGGCUCGGCCGUGUGUGUUUACCGAAUGGAGGAUGUGGUUCGGGCUUUUAAGGGCAACUUUUUGCACAAGGAGGGGCCUCAGUACAAGUGGGCAGAGUUUACUGGCAAGGUGCCGUACCCACGUCCUGGAACUUGUCCCAGCAGCACAUAUGGAAGCUACAGCUCCACCAGGGAGUACCCUGAUGAUGUCAUCUUCUUCAGCAGAACUCACCCGCUGCUGGAGGAAAAUGUGCUGCCCCUGGGAGAGCGCCCCCUCCUUGUCAGAGUGGGCGUUCACUACAAGUUCAGCAAACUGCUGGUGGACAGAGUGGAAGCCGUGGACAGCACAUACGACGUCCUGUUCAUCGGCACAGACUCUGGCUUGGUCCUGAAAGCCAUUCAUCUGCCCAGAGAACAUGAUCAGAGUCAGGAGGUGACGCUGGAGCAGCUGGAAGUCUUUCAGCACAAAUCCCCUGUGACGGCCAUGACACUCUCAAAGAAAAAGCAGUGGCUGUUUGUGGGCUCCAGGGAGGGGGUGUCCCAGCUGGCCCUGUACCAAUGUGAGCUCUACGGUCAAGCCUGUGCCGAGUGCUGCCUGGCCAGAGACCCCUACUGUACUUGGGACGGAUACGCCUGCAGCCCCUACAUGCCCACCGUGCGCAGGAGGAAUGCUCGUCAUCUUGGCGAGGAUGAGGAUCCGUUAACUCAGUGUGUCAGGCAAGGAGCCGGGCUGCAGGUGGAGGCGGAGCAUAGGGUGAUGAUGGUUGCCGAGGGCAACAGCACCUACCUGGAGUGUCUCCCCCGAUCCAGACACGCUGCUGUCACGUGGUACAAGCAGGCUGGAGAGAACAGUCCUGAGCUAAACCAGGUGCUCACAGGUGAGCAGGUGGUGGUGAUCGAGCGAGGCGUCCUCAUCCGUCGAGCCGAGCUGUCUCACGGCGGUGUCUACCACUGCCAGGUGGAGGAGCACGGCUACCACUGGACCGCCGUCACCGUCCACCUGGCGGUCUGGAGCCCCUACCCCAGCCGACUCAUAACUUCCUGGUCAGGCUCUCCCCAUCCGGGUGCAGCCGGAGGCCAGCCUUGGCACAGAGACACCAUGGCGCUGGUCCACCCGAGGAACCUGGGCCAGCACUGCCGCGCUCUCGGGUACCGCCCGCCUCGCAACCACCGACGCCACAGCGACAUGGCGGUGCAGGCCGACAAGGAGAAGGAGAGGCACAAGAAUGGUGGGGGUAGGGGAGGAGGGGGAGGAAGGGUAGCUGGUAGGAAGAGCAGGAGUAAGCCUCAGCAGAGGGCGCCAAGGAGCGCUUGAAUGUGUCAUUGCACACACAUACAUGUCCACGCACACACAAACCCACACACAAACACACACACAUUGUAAAUAGAAGCCAUCCGCAUGCACUUAUUGUCUUUUUAUUACACUUCAGUGUCAAGAACAUUUGUACAGCAGGGUGGUGACAAAACGUUAUGGUGGGCAAGCUGAAUGAAGGACAAAAAGAUAUUCCACAUGUACAAAUUCCACCAAGUGUUUGCUGCCUUCAAGGAUCAAUUAUUGUGAUUUUGCAUGUUCUCAACUCAUUUCCACACUUUCAUCAGAGACAAUCAGACUGGACAGCAGAAGUGUUUAGCUUGGUCACAUAUAGAGCGUAUGAUGCAACGCUAAAAUGUAAGCACCAUCACGGUGAACAUUGCUGCUUAUAUUGUUUCUUGUCUUGCAGUCAUAAGCCCAUGUAAAUAUUUAAAGGUCUCCUAUUAUGAAAAAGUGACUUUUUAAUGAUGCUCGAACAGUAUGUGUCCCUAGAGCCUGCUUAUGAGCAUCAUAAGGGAGAAAAAUAUCUCAAAACCUCUCCCUCACUUGUUUGCUCCACUUUCGAAAGAAGAGGCGCUCAAACAGGCAUAUGCAGGCUUCUCUUCACAUCUUAAAAUAAAGCCUGGAGCUUUGCCAGCUAUCCGUCAGUCAGCUACAGAUGUGGGAUUUGUAUGUUUGAUCAUUUUGUUUUUCUUCAGUGAAUAGGCUGACCUAGCAUGGUGUUGCUGUUAAAAUGUGAGUGUAAUGUUAGCACUGUAACUCACAUAGCGAUGCCAGUGUUGCUAAUGUAUGUGUCCUCCUGUCCCACUCCUUAAUGUUACGUUGCUGUAUGUGAUAUGUGGCAUCUAUUAUGCACAAUGAAUAGUGGAUAAAGUGCACAGUAGCACUUGUUGGAGACACACUCUGAUGACAAACACAGUUCAUUAGUGUUAAAGCUACGGACACACACAAUGCCGAGUUCCCAGGAGGGCUUACUAAAAUCACCUUUAAGCUAAAUUCCAGCAUCACGGAUAGAUUUUUGCCAGUCAACUUCUAUUACGCUGUUGUGAGGCUUUGUUGAAAAUAGUAUAAUAUGGGACCUUUAAAGUGGUGACAUGCUUGACUGUGAUUGACUGUGUUGUGGAUGCUUGAUUUUUUUUUUUAUCCUAAAUUGAGGAGCCAGAAGAUCAAAUCCAACAAUGGCUUACAGGGGAAAAACAAGAGCUAUGGUUCUUUAAAAGGGAUUUAAAUGUGAGAACACAAGCAGAAAGCACUUCUGUCUUACUGUUUGUACUGAGGAGUAUUAUUUCAAGGCACUUAAAUAAGGUGCAUUGAAAAAUACCUUUUUCAAGAGGGCUUUCCAAGAUGUGGACUUUGUACAGAACAUGCAUGUUUCUCUUACUCCUUCACACAUUAAAAAAAAAAAACCUUCCGGCAGAGGAGGAAACAAAAUCGCUAGUCAUCCAUCCAGUGUACAUUUUGUAAAAAUAAAGCAGUCUUGUUGUGAUGGAACCCAGAGAGGUAUGACAUCAUUUACAGUGGCACUUUUCUCCAAUUUUAAAAAGUGUUAAACCAACAAACGUCUCUUUUUUUUGCCAAGGUAAUUAUUUCUCUGUUUUGGAAAGGCUUCCAGUUCUUAAUGAGGUCACCAACUGGAAACUUAUUCAGCACACAAGCACUGUGUUUUCUCGUAGGGAAGCAAAGAGACAUUUUUAAAAAUAUCUUCUGUUUUCUGGGAUGAUUUCUCACAUGUUAAAAGAAUUUAAAUGUACGGUCAGUAGCUGAAUGCUUUCAUUUUAUGUUUGGGACUGGACUUGACUGGACUGGACUGGACUGGACCAGCAGCAUUCUGGGGCAGGGGGAGGAACGCUUCUAUUGUGAAUAAAACAUUUAAAAACAGACAAAUAAUUUCACGUC